GGCCCUUCCCUGCAGUGCCACUACGUCCCCAAGGAUGGUUUGUAGGUUCUUUAUUGUCCAUUUCCUCCAAAGUCAUGUGGGAUGACAGGGAUUGCGUAAGAAAACCCACCUGCUCUUGUUAAGAAAACUGUCCCCGUUUUCGGGUGGUUUGAGUGAAAUGAUGUAGUGCUAAGUCCUCUCAUUUGUGACUGUUUUUCCUUUUCUUGUCCUGUGUUUUAUAGAAUGCGGUUGCAAUCUUCCUUGAGAAAUCACAUCCUCAGGACCAGGAAGUAAAUGCUGCUUUUCCUUCAUUCACAUUCUAGUGUUGGAAAUACCGAGUAAGGAACUGGUAGUGUAUAUGAUGUUGGAAACUUGUAGAGACCAACAGCUCAUGACUCAAAGAUCUAAAACAAGUGUAUCUUUCAAGUUCUUAUCUGGAAAACAACAAUGAAGAAAAUGAUGGGUCAAGAUGACCAGUGGAAAACUCCCUAGGAGAGAGCCAUAGAAAUGUGCACUUCAGAAGAGAGAGCUAAUCAGAGAACUCAGAGAAGGAAAUUAUAUCAUGCGUGCCCUGAGAAGGGUCAAAAGAUUUUCAUUCAUGUACAUGAGAUUGCUCAAAUAGAUGAUCAAAUAUACCAGUGCCUUGAACGCAAGCAAAACUUCUGUGAGAACUUAGCUCUUAUUAUGUGUGAGAGAACCCACACUGGGGAGAAACCUCAUCAGUGUGAUAUGUGUGAAAGAACCUUCAUCCAGCGCUCAGAUCUCAUUUCACACCAGAGGGUCCACAGUUAUGAGAAACCUUAUAAAUGUAGCAAAUGUGAGAAGAGCUUCUGGCACCACUUAGCCCUUUCAGGACACCAGAGAACACACGCAGGUAAAAAGUUCUAUACAUGUGACAUUUGUGGCAAGAAUUUUGGACAGAGCUCUGAUCUGCUUGUCCACCAGCGAAGCCACACAGGUGAGAAACCGUAUCUGUGCAGUGAGUGUGAUAAAUGCUUCAGUCGAAGUACAAACCUCAUUCGGCACCGAAGAACUCACACCGGUGAGAAACCAUUUAAGUGUCUGGAGUGUGAAAAAGCUUUUAGUGGGAAAUCGGAUCUCAUUAGCCACCAGAGAACUCACACUGGCGAAAGGCCCUACAAAUGUAAUAAGUGUGAGAAAAGUUACCGACACCGUUCAGCCUUCAUUGUUCAUAAAAGAGUUCAUACUGGGGAGAAGCCCUAUAAAUGUGGCGCCUGUGAGAAGUGCUUUGGCCAGAAAUCAGACCUUAUUGUCCACCAGAGAGUCCACACAGGGGAGAAGCCCUAUAAAUGUUUGGAAUGUAUGAGAAGUUUUACUCGGAGUGCCAACCUAAUCAGGCACCAGGCAACUCACACGCACACUUUUAAAUGCCUUGAGUAUGAGAAAAGUUUCAGCUGUGGCUCAGACCUUAUUGUGCAUCAAAGAAUUCACAUGGAAGAGAAACCACGUCAGUGGUCUGCAUGUGAGAGUGGCUUUCUCCUAGGCAUGGGCUUUGUUGCCCAACCAAAAAUGAGAACUCAAACAGAGGAGCUGCAUUAUCAAUACAGUGUGUGCGAUAAAGGCUUCUGCCAGAGCUCAGCCCUCCUUCAACAUCAGACAGUCCACAUUGGUGAAAAACCAUAUAUCUGUAAUGUGGCUGAGAAAGGGCUUGACCUCAGCCCUUCCCAUGCGUCAGAAGCCUCACAGACGUCUUGGCCAGACAAGAAGUUAUAACAACAUAAAAAAAGUACUUAAGAAUCAGAGAACUCAUUUAGAUGAACUCUAGGCUAAUCUUAGACUUUUCUAAGAGCUCAGACUUCAGUGGGGACCAGAGAAUCUGCGGUUGUAGGAAGUUGGGAAAUGGUUUACCCAAAGAGCCAACCUAACAACACCUAUCAGUCACUCCAAUGAGAAACCUUCAAAGGCCUUCAGGUUUGGAAACCUUUAGUCUGAGCUCAUAUCUCAUCACCCACAAGAAGAUUCGUACUAGUGGGGAACCUUGUAGAUGCAAGAGAGUGAGAGAGCUUCCUAGCAAUGCUUACUCCUCUCCAUCCCAGAAAAUUCGCACCAGAGGACAAUGCCAUUGGUGUGAACAGUGCUUCAGACACUAUGCACAGCUCACUGGAUGUCAGAAAGCCCACAUGGGAGAAACCCCAGCAAAGUGUGGAAAAAGCUUCCCACAGAACUAUGACUUUCUUACCCAUCAAAGAAGCCAUAUUGGUAAAAUUUUAGGCAUUUGUCUUGAAUGUGGCAAAAGCAUUAGAUGGAGAGUCUUCUUGGGUUUGCAACAACAAAACAGUCUAAGAAGAGACCUUAUGAAAUCUCUGAGUGAGAAAAGCUGUCAAUGAUCAGCUCCUUUGGUACACCAGGGAACUCACACAAGUGAAAAAAACCGUAAAUAUCUUGAGUCUGAAUAAAGCCUUGCUAGAAACCUCUACCUUUGGGCUCCAAAGAACCUACUCUGCAGAGAAUUUUGCUCUGGUGAGAGAUCUAGUCAUGGACUGUGUACAUAUAAUAGGUAUGAGAAUAACCGUGCUCAUAGUUAACUGACCCAUGGGGUGGCAGUGACUUUAAUGAGUCAGUAUGAAAACAGUUGUUAGAUACCCAGAAGUGUGUUGUGGGAGGAGCUUGGGCAGGUCAGAGCAGGCUGAUGGAAAACUCAGGUGAAGAUGCUUUUUUAUCUGAACCACUUAGUUGAUGAUUGCUUUACUUCCUCUUUUUAACAUUUGGAAAUCCAAUAAAGGAAAGGACUGUGCCCGUGUGAUAGAUGGUGUGGCAUGUGUUACCGUUGGGGAGAGUACUGACUUUAUCUCUUGAUUUUUUUUUUUUUAAUCUUGGCCAGACUGGGGACUGGUGUUUUGAUAGUAGCUUGGGAAACUUGCUGGUAGUGGAAAGAACUAAGCAGUAGGGAGUAGUUAUCCUGGAUCAGAACUCCCAAGUUUCCCCUUUGGAGGGCCAACCUCAUAAAGAAGCAGAACACCCAAUGUUUUGCUUGGUGUGAGUUGAGGCAUACCCUUGAAGUUUCCUUUCCCUAAGAUAUCUGAGUAUCACUGGUAUAUGAAUUUUCUGCUUUAGAGAUUCAUCUCUUCAACUCAGAAAUGCAGAUUUCAAGAUGAGUUAUGAUAUUGCUAGUAUCUACAGUUUUGUGGCUUCAUGUAUCAUCUCCUCCAAUGAUAAUGUAUUCUCAUCAGCUCAUGUCUGAAUGUCUGAGGGAAGACUGGAAGAAACGUUAGGCUUGCACAGGCGAGUAACACACGAUGGAACAAUGUUAAUGGAGGAACCGUGCUUCUUGGUUUUGACUAUCCUGAUUCCAAAGCCAGUGUUCUUUUCACUCCAUUAUCCUGCUGCCUAUAGCAAAGUCAGCCCCAUAAUGAUAUGCCUUUCAUUUACUUUAGCUCUGCCAUGAAAAGAGAGGAUGCUUUUUAAUCCCAGGGAAAGGAUUGCAAUCACCACAAUAUAAGGUAUUUAUUUGGCUUGGAACGUAGGAUGCUAAAUGCUAGAGGGGAAAAGUAGUUGCCAAAUUCAUCAGAGGUUUGAGGAUAAGCACUUAGCUCCAGGUUAACAGAAUUAUUAUAUUUAACAUUCUCUAGAAGUACUGUAAUUAAUCCAGGAAUCUAUAAAUGGACACUUCUGAAGGUUUUUCCCCCCUCAGAUUAAAACAUAUUUAAUAAAAUACUUAAGAUUCCUGCAGUGUUUGGGACUAGACUGGUGAAUAAAUAUUUUGUUGCUAGUCUGUCUGGUUGAUCAUAGCGAAUCCUUAAACUCAGGAGUGUUGGCCUCGGACUCCUGGAGGUGGCCAGCGGCUAUUUUGUGUGUGGCUCUAAGCUGUGGUCCUGAUGACUGGCUGAUGAUCUUGAUAAUCGUAGGGUUGGUGGGUAUAGCUCAUAGUGAUAGUAUGGAAUCUGAUUCUAGGGUGUUUUUUCUUUUAGCAAACAGAUUCUGGAAGGUGAUUCAAUCUGAUAGGUUUUUGUUUUCAUAAAUAGCCCUUAUUCCAUGAAAAGUUGCCCAGUGUGGUAAAAAACACAAGAUGUAUUUGUUUUUCUUUGGUGAAAAUCAUGCCUAUCACUAGUAUGUGUUUGAUUGUUGUAACACUGAAAUAGUAUGGGUGUAUGGCAUGGUGGUGAUGAAAUCAGUCCUGUGGCUACUUGUUAGUCAUUAGAGAGAACUUGCGGAAGGGGACAGAAUUGGUCUCGUUGGCAUAAUGACUCGACCCUUCUUUCAGCUAAUCUCACUGGUGAUUGUCUCUAGUCUUCAAGUAAAUUAAAGAUGGACCACCCCUCAAACACCGAAGUUUGUGGGUAUGAAACAGGUCCGAGGUCUCUUAACCAUGGGGAAAAGGUGUUGGUAUUAUUCCUAUAGCAUAACCUGAGGUUGGGGAGGACCACUUGGGAGCCUGUAACCAAAACUAGAAGGUACCUUCUGGGAUGGAUGGAGGUUCUCUUGAAACAGUGCCAACCUAGAUCUACCUCAGGUAAGUAGUUAGAGUAACUUUCAAGAUUUCAGACCAAACAAGACACUUGUAUUCAGUGUAUCAUUCCUAUGCUUUAAUGUUUUUGUUUUCCCUUAAUUCUUAAAUAAACAUUUGUUCUGAAAAACUGCA